CCCAGUCGAUUGAUUGUACGGUUUAAGAAGCAGAAAACAAAGCAAAAAUAAUAUAAAAACUUAGUUAGAAGAACGUUGAGGCGCGUUUGAGAAAUUUUUAAAGUAUAUUAUUUAAAAGUGUAGAAAACUAAAAUAAUCAACACGUCAAACCAACAAGUGAACACCAAAAUUUACACACGACUGUUGGAGACUGCAGCAACCCACUAGGAAAAUCUAGCGAUAAAACUAGAUUUUACAGCUUUAGCCUUUUUUAGCCACAACGCAGACAUUUAGAUAACUGUACGUGUAAGAAGACAUGCGCCUUGAUUCCAAUUCCAAUGAGGAUUGUAAGACGUCGACAGACUCGUCAUUGUGCAAAGUAAAAUUUGACACACUCUCAGUCUGGGGUGGCUCAGAGAAGACAGAUACCCGUCUGCCAAUAACGGACUACUCUACUUUGGGCGGACCACGUCACAAUUGCAGUCCAUUUCCGUUAUCAAAAGAUGUUAAUAAUCGCUUUUUGUUGUGGGAGGGCGAUGUAACCACACUCGAAGUGAACGCCAUCACAAAUACUAUCGAGGAGACACAAAACGAGACUAAUCCACUUGCCGAACGCAUUUAUGCCGCUGCCGGUAAUCAAUUAAAGGAAGAAUUAAGCAAUAACCUAAAAGAGUGCCGAACUGGCGAGGUGUGCGUUACGCGUGGCUACAAUUUACCAGCCAAAUUUGUGAUACACACCGUCGGACCAGCUGUGAAGGAGACAUUCAAAAGUGCUGCUGAAAAUACAUUGCAUUACUCUUACAGAAAUGCUUUGUAUAAAGCUAAGGAACUAAAUCUGCGUACAAUCGCUAUCAGCAACUUAAGUGCCAAUCAGAGUAGUUUCCCAGCCGACUUAGCUGCCCACAUAGCAUUGCGUACAAUUCGUCGAUUUUUAGAUAAAUAUCAAACGCAAAUUGUGAUAUUGUGUGUUAGCGCACACGAACGUGGCAUUUAUGAAGUGCUAGCGCCGCUUUACUUUCCACGCGAUCAUCUCGAGGAACGUAGCGCCCUGUGGCAAUUGCCCAAAGAUAUUGGCGGUGAAUUUGGUGAACCACAAAACACUGACCGACAAAUACGUAUCAUUCGUAAUCCACAGCAUAGCGUACUAAUGCGACACGCUGACGACGAUUCCGACAACAGCCCACACGACAUGGAAGGCAACAAUUCGGACUUAGAGAGCGGUUUUGCCGACAUGAACGGCGUGAGCCUCAACAGUUACGGCGGCGUCACAUCGUCCGCCUAUUCACAGAUGCAGAUCGAUUUGGAUAGACAACAUUUAUUGGGCAACCGAAAUCAUGUUGUUGAAAGCGUCAUUGCCGACGGCCUGGAAGGCUUAGAGCAUCAGGAGAGAUAUGAAAGGCUCUUACAUCGCGCUCAAAUUGAAGACCUUACAGAAGUCUCCGGCAUUGGUUGCCUGUAUCAGAGUGGCGUCGAUCGUUUGGGUCGACCAGUUGUUGUGUUUUGCGGCAAAUGGUUCCCAGCACACAACAUCGAUUUGGAGAAGGCACUUUUGUAUUUGAUAAAACUUUUGGAUCCCAUCGUUAAGGGCGAUUAUGUAAUUGCGUACUUCCAUACUUUGACUUCAACAAAUAACUAUCCAUCACUUCACUGGUUGCGUGAAGUAUACAGUAUAUUACCAUACAAGUACAAGAAAAACCUGAAGGCCUUCUAUAUUGUGCACCCAACAUUUUGGACUAAGAUGAUGACUUGGUGGUUCACAACAUUCAUGGCGCCCGCCAUCAAAGCCAAGGUACACUCACUUCCCGGUGUCGAGCACUUAUACUCCGCCAUUUCCAAGGAUCAAUUAGAGAUACCCGCAUACAUCACCGAAUACGAUAUGACGAUUAACGGUCUGCAUUACUUUACGCCGAUGCCGACACCAUCAUAGAUAACAAUCGUGACCAUCUAGUCGUCGACUGGUUACAGUCUAAACACAUAACAAAAACAACAAUAACAAUAUGAAGAGCAACAACAACAAGCGCCUAGUGACGCUUAAAAUCAUAAGCGUACACACACAUGCACAUGCGCAUGCAUACAAACAACACAUAUAUACAAAUUUACGAAAGCAAAAGAAAAAU